AUGCUUGCUGAUAUGUGUACGAAGAGCUCCAGCAUACAAUGCUCUCGUAUGAGAAGCUCUAUCAGAUACAAUGAGUCCGCUGACACCCGCCAGCCGACAGUCGUCAUUGUCGAUAUCACUCAAGAAGUCUCGUCACCUGGAGAUGCAUCGCAAUUGACCCCCUGGCCUGUUUUUGAGCCGUAUUCUACAUCGAUCAGAAAAGACUUUACGCUCUCGGAUGUCAAUCCACAGCUUCCAUCUUCUUCGCUUGAUUAUUUCCAGAGCUUGACAGAGGUGGGCGCCCCAGUAGAAGACACUUCUGCAAUGGCUUCACUGGAAGUUAAAAUCACGAGUACGCCUCAUGAGGCAAGCAGUGACUCUCGCGAUGAUGUUGCUAAUAUUUCGAGCCAUGUCGCUGUAACGAUGAGCUUUGCAUCGUGGCCAUUGGUUACUGUUAGCCAGGGCACCUCCUUUCCAGUCGAAACGGUAAAUGCCAAUGAAGAAGCCGCAGAGACCUUAUCAACCCCAACAUCUCGCGAUACUCCCAGGCUUUCUCCGUUCUCCCUGGCUGACUCGGAGACCAAAAGCAGCGGAGUUUCCACCCACCACGAGGAGCCCAUGGGAGCCAGGAACAGUGUGGGUGUCAAUAACUCCACCACUCAACCUUUGCCAUCGCCAUCAUACACAAGCGUCUCUCAUGAGACUGGAAGUGGUAAAACAUAUAUGACCGCUAAACCCAAAGGGCUGACGCUACUCAAUACAUACACGGAGACCGGGACUUGGACCCCGAGUUCAUCAACCACUGCAAGAACUCCGGCCCCUGGAACGCAUGGCGCCAUCAUGGAUGGCACCGAGUUUUCAAGACGGAUUUCCCAACGAGGUAUGGCGUUGGUGCUUGGCAGUGUACUUGGAGGUUCUCUGGUCUUUGUCUGCAUGCUUCUUUUGCACCGGCUCAUUCUCCGGUCAUUCCACAGAAGCGAGCAGGAAUCACCAAUGCAUUGUCGGCCAUCAUCGAUGACUGAUCCGCGUAUCAGGCAGAGCCCUGCAGUCCCUUGCAAUAUUGCUGGAAUUUCACAUUUCUCCGCUGACUCUGAAGAUACGCGCUGUAUUGACUAUCAAAAGCCAGCCAAAAAGGCAUGCAUAUCGCGUUGA